AUGUCGGGCCGGUACGAGCGGGUAAACGCCCACGACGUGGACGAACCCGAAACACCAAAUGCGUCUUUGCCAAAUUCAACGUAUCCCAUUCCCAAUUCGCCGCCUCCGUCCUUCCACUCCCGAGCUUCUUCGAGGGAACGAUCCAAUACUGUGAACUCCGAUCUUGCCGAUGCGUUCGAUGCGGGCGGCGACGAUAGCGAUGAUGAGGCGGAUGACAGGCAGCGGUUAGUGCGCGGCAACUCCACGCCAUCAUUCAAUAGUACGACGCAGGCAAGCCAAGCAUCGACGCAAACAGGUGGACAGUCAACGCAGCCGCAACGGCCAGUGUCUGUAGCGCCGACGACCUCGAGAGUAUACGGCAGCGGCAUCCAAUCUGAUGGCGUGUUCUCGAAUAUGUCGGCCAGGCCGGAGAGGGGUGAUGCCGAGAAGGAGGAGCUGCCUCCGUCCUACGAACAAGCAGCAGCCGACCAGGCCCCUCCAUAUUGGGAGACGACGAUCCUCGCACCCGGCCUCGGCGGCCCCGACGACGUCUACAUCGACGGCUUGCCCGUGGGCUCCUUCUUCGGCUUCAUCUGGAACGGCAUGAUCUCGAUGGCUUUCCAGCUCGUCGGCUUUUUGCUCACCUACCUGCUGCACUCGACGCACGCGGCCAAAAACGGCUCGCGGGCGGGCCUCGGCAUCACGCUGAUCCAGUACGGGUUCUACAUGAGGAGCACGCCGCCCGGCUCCGGCUCUGGCGGAAGCGCACAUUCGCAUCUAGAGGGCGAAGGCUACAUAAAUCCGGCCGAUCCGAACUCCCACAACUUCAACCCGGACGAGGUCGACCCGUCCGGUGGAAGCGACGAUAUCACGGGCACCGACUGGGCGGCGUACAUCCUCAUGAUUGUGGGCUGGUUCAUACUGAUUCGAGCGGUGAGCGACUACGUGAAGGUGCGGAGGCAUGAGCAACUGGUGUUGCAGAGCCCGGAUCGGGGGCUAGGGGUCCCCAUCAUUGCUACCGGAGAGAAUCCCGAGAGAGUCGUGUAGUGGGUCUGCCAGAAUGUUUCCUUGGGUUUAGCGGUCUUGGAGCCGGAGUUUUGUGGUAACAGCACUGGGAAAGGAAGGUGUCUCCAAAUGUUUCGGAACUCAGCUCACACACACAGCAUGUUCAUAUUUCAUUACUCUAAAUGCAGCAGACUUCUCGAUCGCGGCUAGUGUGGCCUGGAUCACAG